GUACUACCAGUAUUACAUGAGCAGAUGAGGGAGGUACAUAGGAGGUAGUUACUAAGAUUCCAGGUCUCGUGCUGACCAUCUUUUUUUUCUUUCCUUUUCACUUUACAAUCAGAUUUCCAACAUGCCGAAGCCUUGUCACAUUAUAUGCCUAAACGUCUGAGCUGUCUCUACAUAUGCGUGAGCACAUAUUUAUGCGUAACAUGUCUGAGUUGGUGGGUUGUUCAUACUUAAUCAUUGCAGCCUUUCAUAUGCCAUUUGCCUCUCAUCUCAAGUCAUAUGCCCUCUACUGGACCAAGUCUAGACCAUCGGCUAUCGCCGUAAUCAAGAAUUGCAUCCUCGGUAUCACGUCUACAUAUAGCAACCACGAUGUUAUAAGGCACGUCCAUACGAAGAAGAAGAGAGACAUGCAUUUAGUAUACUACAUACUACAUACUAUGUACUAUACACAUUAUACAGAUAACGCUCAGAGCAAUAAGAUCCACGUACGGUACCCUAUAACAAUUGGCUCCCAUAUGCCUAUGUACGAUGCAAGCAGGUACAACUAGAUGCAACCACAAGCCGAGUCUCUUGCCUGUCUAGG